AUAGAAGAUAUACAUGAUGAAGUGCAUGAUGACACGCAUGAAGUAAACUAAAAAUUGACAAUCUUCCAGUACACAAAGAGAUGGAUUGUAUGGUGAACAGCUAUAUUCUCAGUACAAUUUAACUCUAACUCGUGCAUUCUGCCUUCAUGCAGUGAGUUGCAUAUUUCACAAAACCCCAGUAACCAUCAAGAUAACACACUUAAAUGUAAAGUGCACAAAAGCACUGUCUUGAAUUAUUUAACAAGCUCUGAAUCCUCAAAAAUUGUUCUUCAACUCUUUCCACUCUUUCCCAAAUCCCCAAAGAUGGUAACAAAGGCUGAUCGCCGUGAUGGAGUCUGUCCACCUCCUUCAAGGUUAUCACCUUGACACAUCUUAGGGUAUACUGCCUAGUACACCAUCACUACUGGGAAUACGUGAAGACUAUUGAGCAACAGCAGAACAAAGUGAGUUUGGUCAACCUGCUUUGUAUGGUCACUGUGUUGGCUGAUUAGCAUUUACCAGAUCACUGACUUACAACAGGAUAUAUAAGGCACAAGGUCGACAGAUGGUGAGGGCUCUCCUAGCUGAACGAUAUUGAUAGGGGUUUGGUACUUUUGGGAUGUUAUCGUCUUGACGGUUCUCACAAGGUGCGAUGCUGAAGAAGUACAGUUGCGCUACUCUCAAGUUUUGGGUUCAUGAUCCGACGUUAUCAUUGGAUGUUCAGUUGACCAUACGAGGUAUGUCCAGGAUGAAGGUUGUCUGAGGGAACUCUGUCCAGCUUUCGUUAGAUGAGCUCAGUCUGAAUUCAAGUGUGGUUGUCAUGAUUGUUGUUGGUGAUGGAAGAUGAAGUCUUGGCUGUCGACUGCGAGAUUGACACUCACACGAGAUCUGUCCAGGAUGACGGUUGUCUGAGGAAAGUCUGUCCAGCUUUC